AUGACGUCCAGCAAACCCCUAUCAAUAUCCCCUCCAGAUACCACCCCAACAACCACUACACCGACAAAACCAUCCAAAGGAUUCCGUUAUCUCAUCUUAUUCUUAACCACCGCUUGUCUGACCUCAAUAUGCUCCAACAUGGUAGCAUUCAACGUUACCAUGCUGUGCAGUGAUAAUGGAAAUAUGACACGCUCUGUAACGGAUAAAGAACAACAAAACAGAAACUCAAUUUUACUGUGGGCCGUGUCAGUUGGAAGCAUUGUAGCUACCAUUCCAUUCAAUUUGCUGUACAGUCGUUUCGGCGCUAGAUGGGUUUUCUUUGGCGCGGGUAAGCUACAUUACAUACUUUAUAACAACCUUGUCCUGGACAAUAGCUAAUAGCUCAUACACUAAUUUUCAGGUGUAAUCUCGUUUAUCAGCACAGCCCUCGUCCCAGCCUCCGCUGACCUUAGUUUUUAUACAUUCAUCAUUAUUAGAUUUUUCCAGGUAAAAUUAGUGUUUCAUUUUAGACUGUUCAAAACCUGAUCUUAUAGGGUGUGGCAUUCGGAGCCAAUUUCGCUGCCAUUGGAAUGGUCUGUUCGCGAUGGGCAGCGCUGGAUGAAAACGGAUUCUUCCUCUCGGCAAUGACCAUUUUCUCUCAAAUUUCGGUCAUCAUCACAAAUCCGGUUUCAGGUUGGGUAAGAUAACCAUGUCUUAUUGCAAUUUCAAUAUCAGUCUGUCGGGGAAAUAAUUCGGAUUUGUCGCGGCAAAAGGUCUCGCCUCGUCACACACCCCAAUGGCUAGUCGUCCAAAUCAAUGAUGGGCAACUCCCAAGCGCGACUAAUCCACGUUAUUUUCCCGACAGAGUCAUAUAUCGCUCAAUACUUUAGCUCUGCGUCUCACCGCUGGGCUGGCGCUCCGUUUACUACUUCCACGCAGCAGCUGACCCCAUUCUUUUUGGCCUUUGGAUAUGGCUCUACACCGACUAUCCAGAAUAUCAUAAAUCGGUGAACAACACCGAAAAAGACAUAAUCAUGGCUGGAAAGCAUUACGGGGAGAGAAAAUUGGAUGGCUUUUUGCCUUAUAAGGUAAAUUUCGACAAAAAAGUUUUGAAAUCUAAAUUUAGCAAAUUUUCACUAACAAAGUCAUCCUCGUCGUGUGGUUCAACGCUUUCGCCGACAUUAUUUCGGCCAUCUUUUUGCUGACCUACUUCCCAACCUACCUCAAAGACGUACUUGGAUACCCGUUGGAAACGGCGGCAGUCUUGAGCAUGUUCCCAGCUAUGUCCCAUGUCCCAGCUAAACUGAUUUUUGGCUGGGUUUUCGAUAAAUUACGGUCAGCUUUAUGCAAUCAUUACCCCAGUUACUAUUCGCUUAUUCUCAUCUAAGCAUGGCUGCAAACCGGGCCAGCCCGGCCCGGGCCUGCGGGCCGGGCCUAAAUCUCCAAGCCGGGCCCGGGCUUGGAAAAUUUGGAAAGCCCGGUUCGGCCCGGAAAAAAUUUUCCGGCCCGGUUCGGCCCGGAAAAUUUUUGAACUAGGUUGGAAAGAAAGAAAGCAAGAGAUGAAGGGAAAAUUAUGGCACAUUUUCACAAAAUGUAAACAAUAAUGUAGCAAAACCUAUACAUAUGCAAUUGCCGCUUGACUAUUUUAUAAAUUAUUAAGUCGCCAUAUAUUUUCUUACCAUAUGGUUACAAAAAAUCAUAAGCUUUUGUGUAGAGCCACCCAAAUUUUAGCAAAAAUAUUUUAUCACAGAUCUUUUGUCGGAUCUGAAAAAACCUACAAGCGUAUUGCGUAUUUUUGAAAAUUUUUCCUUUUUCUUUUUUUGCCAGCGUAUUAACUAUGAGGUCGCACUUAAGAAAUUCUGAAAAUUUUUUCAAAUUGACUGGAAAAUUAUUUUUUAAUUUGGGCGAGUGGUAAAUAAGGUCACUUUACGUUCGCUAUCAGCAUUGUGUUCGAAAAAAUGAAAAAAUCUAACGAAACCCCUAUUUUUCCUUUUUUUCCCGGGCAAAAUCCAGAUUUCAAAAAAACCGGGCCUGAAAAUCGAAGCCCGGGGUCGGGCCGAGAAAUUAGUCGGCCCGGCCCGGGCCGGAAAAUUUUGGAAAGCCCGGCACGGAGCCAUGCCUAUUCUCAUCUAGUCGUCUAGCUGAGUGUAAACGCAAAUCGUUGCAGGUUCAUCAGCGAAGUAAAUAAGAUGAGAAUCUGCAACACAAUUGCUCUAAAAGGCUCCGCGAUUCUCUUUAUUGCCGUUGGAUUUAUCCCGAACUCCUUGGCUGGUUGGUCCGUGGCGUGCACCACCUUGAACUACGCGUUUAUCGGAGCAAAUUGCGCUGGGUUCUAUAAAUGCGGGUCUUUGGUGUCUAGGUAAGUUAUUAACCUUUUCUCCCGUAUUUUACCCCCAUAAACACUCAAGUUCAGGCAAUACUCGCACUUUGUCAUCGCAAAUAUUCAAUUUCUCAAGUGCAUAUCGUUGUUUGUCUCUCCGUUGAUGGUCUACUUGUUUGUUUCGGAUCAAUCAAGCCGCGAUCAAUGGAGAAUAAUCUACUUUAUCAUGGCUGCCACGCUAAUCAUCGGGAAUACGCUAUUUUUAAUUUUUGUGACCGAUCAGCCAGCAGAAUUCACUAAGAUCAACAAGGCGAAUUCUAAAACCAGUUCAGGCGAGAAGAAUGGGAAAUCACUUGAAAAUGGUACAAAUUCACAAUGA